GUUUUAGCGCGUUUUUGACGAAAAGCGGUACACUUAAAAAUGGGUGCACCAAAAGUUACCUAAAUUAUUUUCAACCACCAAUUGCUCCACCAAACCACGUCCGAAUUAGAUGAGAAAUUAUAGCUCCUUACCUAAGCCCGCGCGCAUCGCGGCCAUCCACGAUCUUCUCGCACAACCGGAGCAGAACCGGGAGCUCCUUGAGCAGUGGUACGAUAAUUUCGAUUUUGGAUGGGAAACAGGGUGCUCCCGUAGUGUUUUUAUGGCUGGGGAAGACUUCGAUUAUUAUAAUGGAUAACUGUGGUAUAUACUGGAGUCAGAGGGUGCUUGAUAUGUGCCAGAAGUGGGAGGGGGGCGGGGGGAAUCUGGAUACAUUGGUUGCCUCCUUAUUGCCCAAUUUUGAACCCAAUUAAGGAGAGCUUUUACGAUAUUAAGUCUAAUAUGCAAAAGAACUGCAGAAAAGUCCAUGGGAAAUAUCUAAACUUUGGGGAUUAUCUGAUUAAUACCAUUUGAAGGUUUGGACGGGGGCCAGAGGCAGCUAGGAAGGCUAGAGGGCACUUUUAUAAUUCAGGAUAUCGUAAUUUCCCUAUAGAAUUAGUAUAGAAUUAAUGGAAUCG